AUGUUUUAUCAUUUUUUGUUAUUGUUUUCUUUGUUUUUUGUUGGAAAUUCGACCAUUUCUGAUGGUUUCUACUCUCAUAUUCUGAAAAACUACGGAAAAAAAGCGGCAGAUCGGUUGGCUAGAAAAGAUUUGGGCUGGAAAGGAAGUUUUGGCGGUGGUGAAGAUGUUGGGCCGAUUUUACAGAAGUAAGUUGAUUUAUAAAUGACAAGAACUAUCUUUAAAAAACAAAAAAAUGGCAAGAACUUUCUUUACAAAAUAAAAAAUGGCAAGAACUUUCUUUGCAAAAAAGAAGAUUUUCAAGAACUUUCUUUACAAAAUAAGAAAUGACGAAAACUUUCUUUACAAAACAAAAAAUAGCAAAAACUUUCUUUACAAAACAUAAAAGGACAAAAUCUUGCUUUACAAAACUAAAAAUGACAAGAACUUUCUUUAGAACUUAUAUUAUAUAAGAAAAUCAUAUAAGGCGUAUUCAUCGUAUAACCUGUCAUCUGCAGGCUGCAAAAACCUAAAACUCUUAUCUUUUCAGAAAAGUGCCAAUCCUUUUUGUACAUGGUCAAACCCGUCGUGCCGGAGACUUACAGUACGUUCUGAAACACUUUCUAGAAGAUGGGUACACAUAUGAUGAAGUUUUUGGCACUUCAUAUGGUACUAAUGUUACACAUGACAACUACCAUAGUGAUAUGGUGUACUGUAAAUACAUUAUGCAGGUAAAGUACGAGGUGUUUUUUUUAAAGGUUUUACGACUUUUUAGCUUUGUAAACAAAGUUUUUGCGGUUAGACGAUGUUUUUUAAUUUUUUUUUACUUUUAGAUACGUAGCAUGCUAGAAGCAGUGUUAUCAUACACAAAGCAUGAACAAAUCGAUAUUGUAGCCUUCUCUAUGGGAGCUGGAAUGACCAGAAAGGUAAGUGGAAACAAAGUUCUUACUAUUUUUUGUUUUGUAAAGGAAGUACCUGCCAGUUUUUGUAUUCUAAAAAACGUUUGUGCUAUUUUUUGCUUUGUAAAGAAAGUUCUUGCCAUUUUUCGCUUUGUAAAGAAAGUUAUUGCUAUUUGUGUUUGUAAAGAAAGUUUUUGCCAUUUCUUGUUUUGUAAAGAAAGUCCUUGCCGUUUUCCGUUUUGUAAAAAAAGUCUUUGCCAUUUUUUGUUUUGUAAAGAAAGUUUUUGCCAUUUUCAGGCCAUUCUAGGAGGUGAAUGUGUAGACACCAAGGAGAACUUAGGCCUAUCACUGACUAGUAAAAUCAGAAAUUAUGUUAGUGUAGCUGGAGUCCAGCGUGGAGUUGUCAUCUGUGACAAAGUUAAAGAUUAUGUGCCACUUUGUAAUGGUAACAAUGGUUUACACUGUGAUAGUGAUUACAAUAGAGAUAUCAACACUCCGUGAGCUUUAAUUUAUAUGGGGGGGGAGGGGAGGAAAGUCUUGUCGUUUUUAAAUUUUUUCAAAUUAAAAAAAAUUUAGAUCAGGAUACGAAGCCACAGAGAGAAUAGUGGCUAUAGAAACAACUUCUGAUGACAUUCUUGGAGCUACAACGUCUUGUAAGACUGACCCCGCUUUGUUUACUGGGGCUAAUGAGGUUUACACGGUACGAUUUAGCCUCUUACAACCUUUUUUACUUUGAAAAGCUAUCUUAAAAUUAAAAAAAUUUUUGUUUUUCAAAAAAAAAAAAAUUGAAUUUGGUAUGAUUUUGAAAUUUAAAAAAUUGAUUUUUAACUUUUUAGUUGAACGGUUUAGACCAUCGUGCUGCCAUUUGGUUUUUAGGCGAGGUGGUUUACAAUAUUACUCAAAAGAUGCCAUUAAAAAGCAUGGAAGAUAUUGCAGCAGAAGCUAUUAGAAACGCUGAAAAGUAUUCGGACUAUGACAUUGGAAUAUUACCUUGA